UGUGACGUUUAGAAAACGAAUCUUACGAAGAGUGAGGCCGAGUUACAGCUGAGCCGGGAAUGUACGAGAAGGUUUGAGAUGAACACGAAGAAGAUACAAAGUUAGUCAGUAGUCCGAUAUGUGCUCUUACUUGUGAGGUGACGCUGUGGCUGUUUAGUUAGUAUUAAUAGUUAUUUACAAUGGCCGUAGCGAAACUCAACGAGUUCACGCAGAAACACCGCUUAGAGCUGCGAUAUGAGGACGUUGGAUCUGUCGGCCUCGAUCACAUUAAAACAUUUACCGUGAGAGCAGUGGUGAAUGGUAAGUGGUAUGAUGGUGUGGGGAAGAACAAGAAGGAAGCCAAACUGAUUGCAGCAACAAAUGCCCUGAGUGUCCUGUUGGAGGAAACAAUUGACCCUACCGAAAAUGCAAAAGAAGCCUCUGCAUCAGCUCCUCAGACAGGUAUCUCUCAAGCCAAAUAUGUGUGUUGGCUCAAUGAGUAUGGUCAAAAGAACAGGUUGAUGAUCAGGGCUGUGGAGUCAACCGAACCGCUACCAAAUGGUGUUUCACAAUGCUGUCACUUUGUGGUUGGUGAUAAGGAGUAUCCAAGGGCCACUGGGAAAACAAAGAAGGAAGCUAAGGAGGAAGCAGCAAAGCUUGUACAUCACGAGAUAAAUGGCAUUGAAACCACUGAGAUUAUUAAGGAGGAGCACUGUGGCACGCCAAGCAAAGAAAGCAAAGAAUUGAAUAUGUCGGACAUCUGUGACAAGAUGAAGACCAUGAGUGUGAUCACCGAAGAAAAAGGUUUUAAAGAGACGAACCGGGACAGCAAGGACCAGAACACAGGAAAUAGUCAAAAUGAAACAUCCAUCCAGUCAAAUUGUGUGCAUCCCAACAGAUUUACGUCAGAGUUUGACGACAUAGAGUGGCUCGCCAGUGGAGUGUUUGGUAAUGUUUACAAAGCAAGAGAAAAACUGCUGCAAAAGUAUUUUGCUGUAAAGAUUGUCCGCUCUGAAACGAAAGUUUUGCGAGAGGCUGACACAUUAUCCGACCUCCACCACCCUAAUAUCGUCAGAUACUAUACGUCUUGGAUGGAGGACUCAGAAUACCAGGAGCAUCCUGAAUCCACUGACAGCUCGGCUGAGAGUUCAGCUGGUUAUAGCUCUUCCCAGGCAACAGAUGAUUCAUCGGCAAAGUACUUCUAUAUUCAGUUGGAGUUAUGCGACACCAAAACACUAAAAGAUUGGAUUGAUGAGAAGAACAAGGAGUCAUUGCAAGACCCAAAGAGAAGAGAAGAAGGUCUACGCAUCGUUCAGCAAAUCGUUAGUGGAGUCGAAUAUAUUCACUCCAAGAAGCACAUCCACAGGGACCUUAAGCCUCCAAACGUCCUGUUCGGUCUGGCAGGAGAAGUGAAGAUUGGGGACUUUGGUCUGGUCACCACUGAUGAUGUUGAAGAGGCUUUGAUUGACAGAACAGCAGACAGUGGAACCCGUCCUUACAUGGCUCCUGAACAGAGUGAGACGAACUACGACCGUAAAGUGGACAUAUUUGCUAUGGGGUUGAUCUUCUUGGAAAUCCUUUGGAAAGUGUCUUCUGGCCACGAGAGAGCAACGAUUUUUGAGAAUGCCAAACGCCAGAAGCUCCCCACAGAGUUUUUACAGAUGUAUCCCCAAGAGAUGUUAAUCAUUAAGUUAAUGCUCCGCACGAAUCCAGAAGAACGACCGGAGGCGACUGAAGUGAAGGCAGAACUGGAGACGUGCGUGAGGACGCUCAACGCACAAAACAUUCCCCAAAGAAACGCAACUGUCUGAUGAUCACAAGAAGCUCUGAUGAGUCUUAAGAGUGGAUGGAAAACUCAGUUUAUCCAAUCAAAAGAUUGGAUAAACUAUUAUCAACACGUUAUUAUUAUUGGUGGGUAAACGGUUAUCGUACUGCACUGUAUAACUUAUAUGUUGACGGAUUUAAACUUAAUGUCCACUUUGAAGAGAUGCUGCUGCAUGUAAUGAGUGGACACUGACCCACAGUCUGUGACACUAGAAAAGUACCUAAAGCCUCAAAGUGUGAAGCUGUGAGAACACAUUCUUCAACAUGCAGACGUGAGGUCGCCAUUAACUAUGAAAUGAAUGAGAAACCUAUCAUCAUAAUAAUAGGAUUUACAAUCAGGUGAUGAAAGGUGAUUUAAACAUCUUUAACCAGGAAAUGGUCACUUUUACAUGAAUUCACAUCCGUUUAGCUUUUUAUUCUAUCUGAUCAUGUGCCUUCCGUCUCCAGAUCAACAUUUUAUUCCAAAUGGCAAAUUUUCAAUGGUGUCACAUUACAGCCUUUGCUUUGUGUUAUUUCUUUUCUUUUGCUAAUUUCAUUCUGUAUCUGCCAUUUUUUGCACUAUUUCUAUGCUGUUGAAAGUUUACAGAACGGUCUCACCAUACUUGGCCAAUAAAGACGACUGUGAUUGUACGUUUUAUUUCACUAAUAGGUUGUCAGGUAAAUGCUAAAAAUGACUGUUCGCAAUGUCCUUUCCUAACAGUAUUAAAGUCAAGCCACCCUGUUGUAUCUGUUGCUGUGAUUGGAGAUUAAAAUAACCAUUUAGCUCUUUAGCCC